GUUUGGCACCACUUCAGCGUGUUGGGGAAAAGCUUUAAGAGCUCUGGUGUAGGCGGUAUUAAAGGGAGGGUCGACAGUCUGGCGAUAGUGGAGCCGCUACAAUUCUAUCAUCUCGUUCAUUUCAUUUCUUAAGAUGCUCAAUCCUCAUGAGGGCCAAGCGCUCUAUGCCCCCACAGUGCCCUCCCCAGGCCCCAUGGUUCCCCCAGCUAGCAUGUUUGGCAAUGUACCAGGGUACGAGGACACUUUAGCUGGCGGAGGAGGUGGAUAUCUCCCCCCACCGAUGCCCUUACACCCGAAUCGCGAUCCAGAGCCUGCACCCGUACCACAAGACUGGAACAUCCCCUCCAUCACUGAAGAUGUGGCGCGGGAGCGUUUUAUAAUGUACGCGUCUGGUAAAUGCUGCUAUAACAACGCCCCUGCCAAGGAUGGAGUCAUCACUAACAUGCAGGCGUUCAACACCUAUCGGUACCGUUUGGAGACAUUCACAGAGUCUAGAUCUACAGAGUGGGCCACCAAGCCUUAUGAAGGUGAACUGGCAGACUUCUACACGCAGACUGCCCCACGGCCGUGGGAAAUCCCAGUGACCGGUCCCUCCCUGUUUCAAAACCACGAGGAGAACAUAAAAGUCCCGUACACUUCAUCUAACAAGCCCUGCCACACUUGUAGUGCCUCUGGAAAGAUGCCCUGCCAUGAGUGCAAUGGAUCUGGAACAAAAGUUUGUUGGGUCUGCAAUGGAUCUGGCAAACAGGGAGGAGAUAGUCCCUGCAAUCAAUGCAAUCAAAGAGGAAGGGAGAACUGCUCUAAAUGUCAUGGUAACGGGACUAAAGAAUGUGAGACCUGCAAGGGCAAGCAGCAACUGUUGACCUACAUCAACCUUAAAGUCGAGUGGAAGAAUAAUGUUGAAGACUAUGUUGUGGAGCAGAACAGUGGGCUGGAGGUUGACGAUCUGAGCGAUGUGACUGGAAAGACACUCUUCAAAAACGCCCAGUACAUGCUGUAUCCAGUGUAUGGCUUCCCAGAUCCGUCUUUAUCCCAGGCUUCAGACCGUUUGGUUAGAGAACACCAGGCGAAAUACUCCCAGAACUCCCGCAUCCUUCAACAGCAACAAACCAUCGAGUUGAUUCCCAUCACCAAGGUGACCUACAAGUGGAAGGGAGGCAUCCAUGUUUACUAUAUCUAUGGGAACGAACACCAGGUCAAAGCUCCUGACUACCCUGCCACCUGCUGCUGCUCCAUCAUGUAACCAGUCAUGUCAGCCAGCCAGCCAGUCAGUCAGCCAGCCAGCCAGCCAGUCAGCCAGUCAGCCAGCCAGCCAGCCAGCCACUUAGCCAUACCUCUUUUGGUGAAUGCGUCACCAGGCCAGCCCAAUACAGCUGGCCUUGACUCUGCUUAGUUCAGCUCUGUAUGAAAAAAGGUUGAGUUUAUCAGUUUGCUAGUUAGUUAGCUAGUUAGUUAGGUAGGUAUUGUAGGUAGUUCUUUAGGGCCUUUUACCUUUUCCCCAGGAGUUUAGGGCUAAGUGUAUUCUAAUCAGUAUACUACAUGUUGUUUUUUAUUUUUAUAAUAAUUAUUGCAGCCCUGGAAUUUCAUGAAUUUGUUUUUUGUUUCAACUUUCAAUUUUUCACAAGUAAAUGACUUUAUGCAAAGAUAUAGAAAAACUAAAGGCUAUUGAAGCAAAUUGCUGCAUGUCUGAUUCAUUCUUGUUACAUAGACUUUAGUACAGUCAAUAAAGUGAAAAGGUGAUAUUAUUAUUCUAUAAUGAAAUAAAUAAAUAAAAUCAUUCAAACUUCAAAGAGAA